CGGAACCCGGAAAGAGAUUUGUUUUCAUCUUCUCCCACAAUUCUUAGCGAAAUAUUAAGAAAGCUAGUUGGUCUUUCAAAGUAUUGGGCAACAGUCUACUUUAAAUUAUAUGUCAAUGUGCAGUAAAUUGACAAACAUAACUAAAGGGUCUACUUUCAUUCACAUGUUGUAUCACAACAAUGUGAGCUAAGCAAAAUGAACCGAAGAAUGUUAAGGUAAGGUGAACAUAGUAAAUAGCUAGCUGCUAACGUCGUUAGCCAGCCAACCUCUGCAGGAAGCAAUGUGGAUGUUCGCCACAGUGGGCUUAUUUGUGAUAUGCAUUCGUAAGAUAAUUAUGCAUCUAAAGUCACUCACUGUGACUAAAGUCAGGCUUGCUGCUGAACACAUUGCUACUUUUAGACUCCUAUUUCACUUGGUGUGGUAAGAAACGUGCAUUCAGCUAUCUACUGUAGCCAUCUGUUAGCAGGCAGGGCUAACCUCCACCUGACGUUGAAUUGCAUUGGAUUCAACGUCGGGCAUAAAUGAGCGUUUGGAUCAGGAAAGUUUCCUCUGACGACCUCUACAAGCCAGAAUGUUGAAUACAAUUAUAUUUUAACCUUUCUCAUGUGGAAUGCCAAUUUAUCUUACCAUUUCUACCGAUCUGCUUGCCAGUUAUGGUUUUCAUAUGCACAUUUUCGUGAAACAGUUUAAUUUAUGUCUUCAUAUCUCAAAAUCAUUGUCAAAGUUUAUCCAAAUCUAAAGGAAAAUGAUACAAACCUAAAAAGUAACUUCCAUUGCCAACUAUGUAAAAAUAGCCUACAUAAAGCCAACAAAUAAAAACAUUGCAGCCUGCAGGUAGAAAAUAUCCUAAUAAAAAUAAAUGUCUUAUAAAUCACAUUGGCUAUGCAUGGCCUGUCUGCAAGGAACUUGCAACAUUGUAUAAAAUAUUCUGGGCCCUCAGAGUUUCCUGCGCCAGUGAGCUCAGAACAGACACAGCUGUAGGCCAUUUGAGUUUGCUCAAGGGAUAAGAAGCAGUGCUUGACUUGGGUAGGAGCACACCGGAGCUGAGUACCGGCACCUCAAAUGUUCUACUGCUUGAGCUCCUGUUCCUCUUAUAGAAUAUUAGCUCCUGUUCCUCUUAUAGAAUAUUAGCUCCUGUUCCUCUUAUAGAAUAUUAGCUCCUGUUCCUCUUAUAGAAUAUUAGCUCCUGUUCCUCUUAUAGAAUUAGAGCUCAAAAGUAUUGUGGAGCUCCUGCACUUACAUGUAAACAGAACCAGCACCCAAAAUGAGGACAGGAACCUAUUUCAGUCCAAGUCAAGCACGGAUAAGAAGUAAUCAGGUAGGCCUAUUUUAUGAAAUUUCUAGUGGAUCAGAGCAUGACAUUUUUCCCUUUCACGCUGAGUUGUUAUCGAAAGAGAGAGAGCUGGAAAUAUUUAAAAAAAAAAUACAUUGAGGAACUAUUGUAAUUCUCAAUGGAUGUAAAAACUGACUUUGUUUGCUUGCUGUUUGAGGUGAAGAAAACAUUACUUUGAAAAGCUGCACAGGUCAUUUAGUGGUGGUGCGUUAAGCCAAUCAGAAAUACUAUCAGAUCCCCAAAUGGGCACAUUUAUAUGCCUACAUUUGAGCGCAGGCCAGGUAGACUAUAGACCUACUUCUAUGAAUAAUCAGGCCAGGUAGCCUAUAGGCCUACUUCUAUGAAUAAUCAGGCCAGGUAGCCUAUAGGCCUACUUCUAUGCGUGCGCGUGCGCGUCCUUACUCAACAUUGACAGGAGCGCUCCAAACAAAAGACAAUGACUAAAUUGACAACACUCGUAAAUGGAAUUAAAUAAAUCAAAACUUGUUUCUCACAAGUGUAGCAUAGGUUGUGCACUCUGCAAACAAUGUGUCCACUCUGACAAUGAUAACGGGAAGACUGGAAUCACUACUGGUGAUAUACACUGCUCAAAAAAAUAAAGGGAACACUUAAACAACACAAUGUAACUCCAAGUCAAUCACACUUCUGUGAAAUCAAACUGUCCACUUAGGAAGCAACACUGAUUGACAAUACAUUUCACAUGCUGUUGUGCAAAUGGAAUAGACAACAGGUGGAAAUUAUAGGCAAUUAGCAAGACACCCCCAAUAAAGGACUGGUUUUGCAGGUGGUGACCACAGACCACUUCUCAGUUCCUAUGCUUCCUGGCUGAUGUUUUGGUCACUUUUUGAAUGCUGGCGGUGCUUUCACUCUAGUGGUAGCAUGAGAUGGAGUCUACAACCCACACAAGUGGCUCAGGUAGUGCAUCUCAUCCAGGAUGGCACAUCAAUGCGAGCUGUGGCAAGAAGGUUUGCUGUGUCUGUCAGUGUAGUGUCCAGAGCAUGGAGGCGCUACCAGGAGACAGGCCAGUACAUCAGGAGACGUGGAGGAGGCCGUAGGAGGGCAACAACCCAGCAGCAGGACUGCAUCGCAGUGCUUGAAGUGUCACUACAGACCCGGUUUCGAUCCCAGGCUGUGUCACAGCUGGCCGUGACCGGGAGACCCAUGAGGCGGCGCACAUUUGGCCCAGCGUCGUCCAGUUUAGGGGAGGGUUUGGCCGGCCGGAAUUUCAAAGUCCCAUCGCGCUCUAGCGACUCCUUGUGCCGGACCGGGCGCCUGCAAACUGACUAUGGUCGGUCGCCAGCUGGACGGUGUUUCCUCUGACACAUUGGUGCGGUUAGCUUCUGGGUUUAGCGAGCAGUGUGUCAAGAAGCAAUGCGGCUUGGCAGGGUCGUGUUUCGGAGGACGCAUUGCUCUCGACCUAUGCCUUUCCCGAGUCCGUAGGGGAGUUGCAGCGAUAGGACAAGACUGUAACUACCAAUUGGAUAUCACGAAAUUGGGGAGAAAAAGGUGUGAAAGUACCAACAACAAAAAAAGACCUAGCUAGCUAAACAAUGAACCAUAAUCCCAACUCAUAACAUUACUACCCUGCAUGAAUCUACAGGUAGCUAAAGCUAACCAACUAGGCAGCCACACAAGUAGGCAAGUAGGCUAAAUGGGCGUACAAUUAAAAAGCAAGGUAUUUUCUGCUAAAACUAUGCAUAGCCAACAUAUUUCUGUUUAUCAUAGAAAUAAUGUAGCCAGCUACAUUUCCUAAUGUUUUGCCUCAAAUUAAUCUUGAAUUUGAUGGAGAAAAGUAGACUGUCUACACUGAGAAAAGUACCUGAGGAAAAAAGCUACAGAUCAGUUAGAGGCAGUUCCUGAAUUCUCAGAGUGGAGAAGUGCUACUGAAGCACAGAAUUAGUCUGAAGCAGAAAUGACAAUAAGAACCAUAUUUAGAUCUGCAUUUACAAAACGCAGCAAGAUACUUAUUUUUUCCUGCGUGAAAAACAAAGCAUUCUGCAACCCCUAAAUGGAACUUUCUAGUGAGUGGCUGAAUUAAUAAGGUGACUGGGCAUCGUUGUGUUUGAGAAGUCGAAGCCCUUCGGAUGAUAUCUUGAUUUCCUUGUUGUUUCUCCUAUCUUCUCAGAGCAGGCAGACCUGUUGCCCUAGCGACUCCCUAGGCUCCUCCCCUAUCUUCUCAGAGCAGGCAGACCUGUUGCCCUAGCGACUCCCUAGGCUCCUCCCCUAUCUUCUCAGAGCAGGCAGACCUGUUGCCCUAGCGACUCCCUAGGCUCCUCCCCUAUCUUCUCAGAGCAGGCAGACCUGUUGCCCUAGCGACUCCAGACACCGGGUGUAGACAUGCUGUCCCAGGGCCAGCACCUUCAUGUGACUUGUAAAUGUCCAAACUUACCCAACAUGCCAUUCGGUAGCUCCUACCUACAUAUGUAGAACUGUAUGAGCUGGACAGCCUAUCUUUGCAAUUAUAUAUUUUUUCCCGUUUGCGGUCUUUAGCAUAUUUAGCUAGCAGCCUCCAUGGACAUUCGCUUGUACUUGUGCUAAUUUUGUUAGCAUUCUGGUAAAAGAUGCUCAGUGGGCUUUUUUGGUGAAUUUUUGGGGGCGUAAAUCCCGAGAUACGAAAAUCUGGAUACCGCCCUAGCCUAAAACACGUGCACAAGCUCGGCAGGUAUGCAUUGUGUGCUUGCUUCAGGUCGUAGAAAUCUCGAACGUACUACCAGCGAUUUGGAACGUUGAUGUAAUUAUACUGAACCUUUGACGUCCCUACUGUUAGCUAGCUAAGUUAGGGUAACAAGGAAAUAUUACAGGGUUUUCCCUAAAUCAUGUUUAUUUACAUGUUUUACUUGAUAGUUUUAAGACUCUAGAUCACAAGAAAUGGCAGUUACGGGUGUUUAAAAAAUGCACAAAUGAGUUCAAAAGGGGGCAGAGACCCCUUGCCUUACUCAUCAGCAUCACCUUGUAAGAAUUGUUAAACAGGAUUCGUAAUGUUUGAAACCAUCAUCUAGAGAUUGUAGAUGCAUUUGCCAUCAUUCUGCCAUGUAUUACACUAGCUAGCUAACUGUUAGCCUGCUACCACUGAGCUGAUGCACCACCUAGUGACUGACAACUGGGGCAUAAUAGAACCUCAUUUCUAUUGGACAGAUUUAUGUAAGUCCCUCCCUCUUUAGUUCCGUUUGCUUGCGUUUGGUUCCUAAUGAAUACACCCCUGACUGCGGUACUGACUUAUACCAGAUGUGACUCAGUUGUAUUGAUUCUCUGAGUCUCCUGUCCUGUCCUGUCAUGUCAUGUCCUGUCCUCUGUUGUGUUGUAUUUUGUAUUGCGCUGUGUUAAAUGUUUCCUGUGUUUUGUGGUUGCAGGCUAUGUGGACCAUGUCUCUGAUCCUGUUUGCCCUGGUGGUGCGGGUCAGGGAUGGUCUGCCCCUCUCAGCCUCCACUGACUUCCAACACAACCCAGAGCUGCAAGAGAAGAAGCAGCAGCUACGGACCAUCUCCAAGACCCUCAGCCUGUUCCCCGACAGAGGGGCGGUCAAGGGCCAUGACCUCAAUAUAUAGUAAGAUAGAUAGAUAUUAUGUAUAGUAUAUACUAUACCUGAGUUGUGUGUAUAUAGUAAGGACACUUCAGAAAGUAUUCACACCCCUUUAACUUUUUCCACAUUUUGUUGUUACAGCCUGAAUUAUCAAUUUUUUUAGCAAUUAAUUCAAAGCUGAAAUGUCUUGAAUGAAAAAGUAUUCAACCCCUUUGUUAUGGCAACCUUAAGUAAGUUUAGGAGGAGUGAUGUGCUUAACAAGUCCCAGAAUAAGUUGCAUGGACUCACUUUGUGUGCAAUAAUAGUGUUUAACAUGACUUUUGAAUGACUACCUCACCUUUGUACCCCACACAUACCGUUAUUUGUAAGGUCCCUCAGUCGUGCAGUGAAUUUCAAACACAGAUUCAACCACAAAGACCAGGGAGGUUUUCCAAUGCCUUGCAAAGAAGGGCACCUAUUGGUAGAUGUAAAAAAAUAAAAAGCAGACAUUGAAUAUCCCUUUGAGCAUGGUGAAGUUAUUAAUUACACUUUGGAUGGUGUAUCAAUACCCCCAGUCACUACAGAGAUACAAGCUUCCUUCCUAACUCAGUUGCUGGUGAGAAAGGAAACCGCUCAGGGAUUUCACCAUGAGGCCAAUGGUGACUUUAAAACAGUUAAGAGUUUAAUGGCUGUGAUAGGAGAAAACUGAGGAUGGAUCAACAACAUUGUAGUUACUCCACAAUACUAACCUAAAUGACAGAGUGAAAAGAAGGAAGCCUGUACAGAAUAACAGGGAUCAUUUGAGUUGACGUUAGACAGAAUUGGUUGAACAGAUCAGAAACCAGUAUCAACAUUUUGAAAGGAGCCAGAAACUGUCCUGCUGCGUGCCAGUUUGCGCUGUUCUGUGAAGGGUUGUACGUCUUGCUGUGGGCUGUUUGUUUACUUAAACCCCCCUCCUCCUUUCCACCUCCCUCUCCUCUAGUUUCCUCUCCAGUGAGGGCGUAUCCUACAUGAGCGUGUGUGACGCCAGCCUCCCUGCAGCCAUGGCCUUCUGUUUCCUAGAGGACCUGCGCUGGGACUUCACAGCACAUAUGGACAGCGCCAAGGUUGCCCUGGCAGCCAGGCCUUACCCCUUCCUGGAGUUCGGUGUGUAGGAGAGGGGUGGAAGUGAAGGGGAGGGUUAUGAGGGAGAGAGGAGGGGAGGGGUAUGAGGGAGAGAGGAGGGGACGGAGAGAGGAGUGGGGCUGGGGGGAGGGGAGGGAGUAGGGGUGGAGGGAGUAGAGGAAGGAGGGAGAGAGGGGUGGGUGAAGAGAGGAGGGGUGGAGGAGGAAGGAGAGGCGUGAGAGGGGAUGGGUGGAGGUAAAGGAGGUGGAGGGUUGAGUAGCAGAAGGAGAAGGGUGGAGGUGAUGGCGUAGAGCAGGGGUAGGCAACCCUGUUCCUGGAGUGCCGCAGGUACUGCAGGAUAUUGUUCCAACUAGGCACCACACCUGACCAACUGAGCUGAUUGAUCAGUUCAGUGAUUGCCUAAAUUCAACACACCUGGUCUUCCAGGUCGGAUAAAUCAAAAACCAGUGUUGCCUACCCCUGGCCUAGAGCCAGCAUUUUAUGAUGUAUUGAACAGAUGAGGUCAUCUGUAGUUCAUCAAAAUGUAUUGAACAGAUGAGGUCAUCUGUAGGUCAUCAAAAUGUAUUGAACAGAUGAGGUCAUCUGUAGGUCAUCAAAAUGUAUUGAACAGAUGAGGUCAUCUGUAGUUCAUCAAAAUGUAUUGAACAGAUGAGGUCAUCUGUAGGUCAUCAAAAUGUAUUGAACAGAUGAGGUCAUCUGUAGGUCAUCAAAAUGUAUUGAACAGAUGAGGUCAUCAAAAUGUAUUGAACAGAUGAGGUCAUCUGUAUGUCAUCAAAAUGUAUUGAACAGAUGAGGUCAUCUGUAGGUCAUCAAAAUGUAUUGAACAGAUGAGGUCAUCUGUAGGUCAUCAAAAUGUAUUGAACAGAUGAGGUCAUCUGUAGGUCAUCAAAAUGUAUUGAACAGAUGAGGUCAUCUGUAGGUCAUCAAAAUAUGAACGUGUCUCUGGUGUUCUAAAACCAUGACAGAUCCCAUGAGGCAGUCAUGUAGUCAGGAGUCCAGAUACUUAAUAACAUACGACAACCAAUAGUCACUGAUACUUAACUACAUACAAUAACAUACGACAUGACCACGACAACCAUCGUGUGAUUGAUGGUUAUUAGAUAACAGGAUACCGUGGCUGCAGCAGCAGUAUAACUGGAAGGGUUAAUAUUAUAUUAUAUUAUAUUAUAGACAACAGCAUAGCGUGGCUGCAGCAGCAGUAUAACUGGAAGGGUUAAUAUUAUAUUAUAUUAUAUUAUAGACAACAGCAUAGCGUGGCUGCAGCAGCAGUAUAACUGGAAGGGUUAAUAUUAUAUUAUAUUAUAUUAUAGACAACAGCAUAGCGUGGCUGCAGCAGCAGUAUAACUGGAAGGGUUAAUAUUAUAUUAUAUUAUAUUAUAGACAACAGCAUAGCGUGGCUGCAGCAGCAGUAUAACUGGAAGGGUUAAUAUUAUAUUAUAUUAUAUUAUAGACAACAGCAUAGCGUGGCUGCAGCAGCAGUAUAACUGGAAGGGUUAAUAUUAUAUUAUAUUAUAUUAUAUUAUAGACAACAGCAUAGCGUGGCUGCAGCAGCAGUAUAACUGGAAGGGUUAAUAUUAUAUUAUAUUAUAUUAUAUUAUAUUAUAGACAACAGCAUAGCGUGGCUGCAGCAGCAGUAUAACUGGAAGGGUUAAUAUUAUAUUAUAUUAUAUUAUAUUAUAGACAACAGCAUAGCGUGGCUGCAGCAGCAGUAUAACUGGAAGGGUUAAUAUUAUAUUAUAUUAUAGACAACAGCAUAGCGUGGCUGCAGCAGCAGUAUAACUGGAAGGGUUAAUAUUAUAUUAUAUUAUAGACAACAGCAUAGAGUGGCUGCAGCAGCAGUAUAACUGGAAGGGUUAAUAUUAUAUUAUAUUAUAUUAUAGACAACAGCAUAGCGUGGCUGCAGCAGCAGUAUAACUGGAAGGGUUAAUAUUAUAUUAUAUUAUAGACAACAGCAUAGCGUGGCUGCAGCAGCAGUAUAACUGGAAGGGUUAAUAUUAUAUUAUAUUAUAUUAUAGACAACAGCAUAGCGUGGCUGCAGCAGCAGUAUAACUGGAAGGGUUAAUAUUAUAUUAUAUUAUAGACAACAGCAUAGCGUGGCUGCAGCAGCAGUAUAACUGGAAGGGUUAAUAUUAUAUUAUAUUAUAUUAUAUUAUAUUAUAGACAACAGCAUAGCGUGGCUGCAGCAGCAGUAUAACUGGAAGGGUUAAUAUUAUAUUAUAUUAUAGACAACAGCAUAGCGUGGCUGCAGCAGCAGUAUAACUGGAAGGGUUAAUAUUAUAUUAUAUUAUAUUAUAGACAACAGCAUAGCGUGGCUGCAGCAGCAGUAUAACUGGAAGGGUUAAUAUUAUAUUAUAUUAUAUUAUAGACAACAGCAUAGCGUGGCUGCAGCAGCAGUAUAACUGGAAGGGUUAAUAUUAUAUUAUAUUAUAGACAACAGCAUAGCGUGGCUGCAGUAGCAGUAUAACUGGAAGGGUUAAUAUUAUAUUAUAUUAUAUUAUAGAUAACAGCAUAGCGUGGCUGCAGCAGGAAUAUAACUGGAAGGGUUAAUAUUAUAUUAUAUUAUAUUAUAGACAACAGCAUAGCGUGGCUGCAGCAGCAGUAUAACUGGAAGGGUUAAUAUUAUAUUAUAUUAUAUUAUAUUAUAGACAACAGCAUAGCGUGGCUGCAGCAGCAGUAUAACUGGAAGGGUUAAUAUUAUAUUAUAUUAUAGACAACAGCAUAGCGUGGCUGCAGCAGCAGUAUAACUGGAAGGGUUAAUAUUAUAUUAUAUUAUAUUAUAGACAACAGCAUAGCGUGGCUGCAGCAAUAGUAUAACUGGAAGGGUUAAUAUUAUAUUAUAUUAUAUUAUAGACAACAGCAUAGCGUGGCUGCAGCAGCAGUAUAACUGGAAGGGUUAAUAUUAUAUUAUAUUAUAGACAACAGCAUAGCGUGGCUGCAGCAGCAGUAUAACUGGAAGGGUUAAUAUUAUAUUAUAUUAUAUUAUAGACAACAGCAUAGCGUGGCUGCAGCAGCAGUAUAACUGGAAGGGUUAAUAUAUUAUAUUAUAUUAUAUUAUAUUAUAGACAACAGCAUAGCGUGGCUGCAGCAGCAGUAUAACUGGAAGGGUUAAUAUUAUAUUAUAUUAUAGACAACAGCAUAGCGUGGCUGCAGCAGCAGUAUAACUGGAAGGGUUAAUAUUAUAUUAUAUUAUAUUAUAGACAACAGCAUAGCGUGGCUGCAGCAGCAGUAUAACUGGAAGGGUUAAUAUUAUAUUAUAUUAUAUUAUAGACAACAGCAUAGCGUGGCUGCAGCAGCAGUAUAACUGGAAGGGUUAAUAUUAUAUUAUAUUAUAUUAUAGACAACAGCAUAGCGUGGCUGCAGCAGCAGUAUAACUGGAAGGGUUAAUAUUAUAUUAUAUUAUAUUAUAGACAACAGCAUAGCGUGGCUGCAGCAGCAGUAUAACUGGAAGGGUUAAUAUUAUAUUAUAUUAUAUUAUAGACAACAGCAUAGCGUGGCUGCAGCAGCAGUAUAACUGGAAGGGUUAAUAUUAUAUUAUAUUAUAUUAUAGACAACAGCAUAGCGUGGCUGCAGCAGCAGUAUAACUGGAAGGGUUAAUAUUAUAUUAUAUUAUAUUAUAGACAACAGCAUAGCGUGGCUGCAGCAGCAGUAUAACUGGAAGGGUUAAUAUUAUAUUAUAUUAUAUUAUAGACAACAGCAUAGCGUAGCUGCAGCAGCAGUAUAACUGGAAGGGUUAAUAUUAUAUUAUAUUAUAGACAACAGCAUAGCGUGGCUGCAGCAGCAGUAUAACUGGAAGGGUUAAUAUUAUGUUAUAUUAUAUUAUAUUAUAGACAACAGCAUAGCGUGGCUGCAGAAGCAGUAUAACUGGAAGGGUUAAUAUUAUAUUAUAUUAUAGACAACAGCAUAGCGUGGCUGCAGCAGCAGUAUAACUGGAAGGGUUUAUAUUAUAUUAAUUUAUAGACAACAGCAUAGCGUGGCUGCAGCAGCAGUAUAACUGGAAGGGUUAAUAUUAUAUUAUAUUAUAUUAUAGACAACAGCAUAGCGUGGCUGCAGCAGCAGUAUAACUGGAAGGGUUAAUAUUAUAUUAUAUUAUAGACAACAGCAUAGCGUGGCUGCAGCAGCAGUAUAACUGGAAGGGUUAAUAUUAUAUUAUAUUAUAUUAUAGACAACAGCAUAGCGUGGCUGCAGCAGCAGUAUAACUGGAAGGGUUAAUAUUAUAUUAUAUUAUAGACAACAGCAUAGCGUGGCUGCAGCAGCAGUAUAACUGGAAGGGUUAAUAUUAUAUUAUAUUAUAUUAUAGACAACAGCAUAGCAUGGCUGCAGCAGCAGUAUAACUGGAAGGGUUAAUAUUAUAUUAUAUUAUAUUAUAGACAACAGCAUAGCGUGGCUGCAGCAGCAGUAUAACUGGAAGGGUUAAUAUUAUAUUAUAUUAUAGACAACAGCAUAGCGUGGCUGCAGCAGCAGUAUAACUGGAAGGGUUAAUAUUAUAUUAUAUUAUAUUAUAGACAACAGCAUAGCAUGGCUGCAGCAGCAGUAUAACUGGAAGGGUUAAUAUUAUAUUAUAUUAUAUUAUAGACAACAGCAUAGCGUGGCUGCAGCAGCAGUAUAACUGGAAGGGUUUAUAUUAUAUUAUAUUAUAUUAUAGACAACAGCAUAGCGUGGCUGCAGCAGCAGUAUAACUGGAAGGGUUAAUAUUAUAUUAUAUUAUAUUAUAGACAACAGCAUAGCGUGGCUGCAGCAGCAGUAUAACUGGAAGGGUUAAUAUUAUAUUAUAUUAUAGACAACAGCAUAGCGUGGCUGCAGCAGCAGUAUAACUGGAAGGGUUAAUAUUAUAUUAUAGACAACAGCAUAGCGUGGCUGCAGCAGCAGUAUAACUGGAAGGGAUUAUAUUAUAUUAUAUUAUAGACAACAGCAUAGCGUGGCUGCAGCAGCAGUAUAACUGGAAGGGUUAAUAUUAUAUUAUAUUAUAUUAUAGACAACAGCAUAGCGUGGCUGCAGCAGAAGUAUAACUGGAAGGGUUAAUAUUAUAUUAUAUUAUAGACAACAGCAUAGCGUGGCUGCAGCAGCAGUAUAACUGGAAGGGUUAAUAUUAUAUUAUAUUAUAGACAACAGCAUAGCGUGGCUGCAGCAGCAGUAUAACUGGAAGGGUUAAUAUUAUAUUAUAUUAUAGACAACAGCAUAGCGUGGCUGCAGCAGCAGUAUAACUGGAAGUGUUAAUAUUAUAUUAUAGACAACAGCAUAGCGUGGCUGCAGCAGCAGUAUAACUGGAAGGGUUAAUAUUAUAUUAUAUUAUAUUAUAGACAACAGCAUAGCGUGGCUGCAGCAGCAGUAUAACUGGAAGGGUUAAUAUUAUGUUAUAUUAUAUUAUAUUAUAGACAACAGCAUAGCGUGGCUGCAGCAGCAGUAUAACUGGAAGGGUUAAUAUUAUAUUAUAUUAUAUUAUAGACAACAGCAUAGCGUGGCUGCAGCAGCAGUAUAACUGGAAGGGUUAAUAUUAUAUUAUAUUAUAUUAUAGACAACAGCAUAGCGUGGCUGCAGCAGCAGUAUAACUGGAAGGGUUUAUAUUAUAUUAAUUUAUAGACAACAGCAUAGCGUGGCUGCAGCAGCAGUAUAACUGGAAGGGUUAAUAUUAUAUUAUAUUAUAGACAACAGCAUAGCGUGGCUGCAGCAGCAGUAUAACUGGAAGGGUUAAUAUUAUAUUAUAUUAUAGACAACAGCAUAGCGUGGCUGCAGCAGCAGUAUAACUGGAAGGGUUAAUAUUAUAUUAUAUUAUAUUAUAGACAACAGCAUAGCGUGGCUGCAGCAGCAGUAUAACUGGAAGGGUUAAUAUUAUAUUAUAUUAUAUUAUAGACAACAGCAUAGCGUGGCUGCAGCAGCAGUAUAACUGGAAGGGUUUAUAUUAUAUUAUAUUAUAGACAACAGCAUAGCGUGGCUGCAGCAGCAGUAUAACUGGAAGGGUUAAUAUUAUAUUAUAUUAUAGACAACAGCAUAGCGUGGCUGCAGCAGCAGUAUAACUGGAAGGGUUAAUAUUAUAUUAUAUUAUAUUAUAUUAUAGACAACAGCAUAGCGUGGCUGCAGCAGCAGUAUAACUGGAAGGGUUAAUAUUAUAUUAUAUUAUAGACAACAGCAUAGCGUGGCUGCAGCAGCAGUAUAACUGGAAGUGUUAAUAUUAUAUUAUAGACAACAGCAUAGCGUGGCUGCAGCAGCAGUAUAACUGGAAGGGUUAAUAUUAUAUUAUAUUAUAUUAUAGACAACAGCAUAGCAUGGCUGCAGCAGCAGUAUAACUGGAAGGGUUAAUAUUAUAUUAUAUUAUAUUAUAGACAACAGCAUAGCGUGGCUGCAGCAGCAGUAUAACUGGAAGGGUUAAUAUAUUAUAUUAUAUUAUAGACAACAGCAUAGCGUGGCUGCAGCAGCAGUAUAACUGGAAGGGUUAAUAUUAUAUUAUAUUAUAGACAACAGCAUAGCGUGGCUGCAGCAGCAGUAUAACUGGAAGGGUAAUAUUAUAUUAUAUUAUAUUAUAGACAACAGCAUAGCGUGGCUGCAGCAGCAGUAUAACUGGAAGGGUUAAUAUUAUAUUAUAUUAUAUUAUAGACAACAGCAUAGCGUGGCUGCAGCAGCAGUAUAACUGGAAGGGUUUAUAUUAUAUUAUAUUAUAGACAACAGCAUAGCGUGGCUGCAGCAGCAGUAUAACUGGAAGGGUUAAUAUUAUAUUAUAUUAUAUUAUAGACAACAGCAUAGCGUGGCUGCAGCAGCAGUAUAACUGGAAGGGUUAAUAUUAUAUUAUAUUAUAUUAUAUUAUAGACAACAGCAUAGCGUGGCUGCAGCAGCAGUAUAACUGGAAGGGUUAAUAUUAUAUUAUAUUCUAUUAUAGACAACAGCAUAGCGUGGCUGCAGCAGCAGUAUAACUGGAAGGGUUAAUAUUAUAUUCUAUUAUAGACAACAGCAUAGCGUGGCUGCAGCAGCAGUAUAACUGGAAGGGUUAAUAUUAUAUUAUAUUAUAGACAACAGCAUAGCGUGGCUGCAGCAGCAGUAUAACUGGAAGGGUUAAUAUUAUAUUAUAGACAACAGCAUAGCGUGGCUGCAGCAGCAGUAUAACUGGAAGGGUUAAUAUAUUAUAUUAUAUUAUAGACAACAGCAUAGCGUGGCUGCAGCAGCAGUAUAACUGGAAGGGUUAAUAUUAUAUUAUAUUAUAGACAACAGCAUAGCGUGGCUGCAGCAGCAGUAUAACUGGAAGGGUUAAUAUUAUAUUAUAGACAACAGCAUAGCGUGGCUGCAGCAGCAGUAUAUCUGGAAGGGUUAAUAUUAUAUUAUAUUAUAUUAUAGACAACAGCAUAGCGUGGCUGCAGCAGCAGUAUAACUGGAAGGGUUUAAUAUUAUAUUAUAUUAUAUUAUAUUAUAGACAACAGCAUAGCGUGGCUGCAGCAGAAGUAUAACUGGAAGGGUUAAUAUUAUAUUAUAUUAUAGACAACAGCAUAGCGUGGCUGCAGCAGCAGUAUAACUGGAAGGGUUAAUAUUAUAUUAUAUUAUAGACAACAGCAUAGCGUGGCUGCAGCAGCAGUAUAACUGGAAGGGUUAAUAUUAUAUUAUAUUAUAGACAACAGCAUAGCGUGGCUGCAGCAGCAGUAUAACUGGAAGGGUUAAUAUUAUAUUAUAUUAUAGACAACAGCAUAGCGUGGCUGCAGCAGCAGUAUAACUGGAAGGGUUAAUAUUAUAUUAUAUUAUAUUAUAGACAACAGCAUAGCGUGGCUGCAGCAGCAGUAUAACUGGAAGGGUUAAUAUUAUAUUAUAGACAACAGCAUAGUGUGGCUGCAGCAGCAGUAUAACUGGAAGGGUUAAUAUUAUAUUAUAUUAUAUUAUAGACAACAGCAUAGCGUGGCUGCAGCAGCAGUAUAACUGGAAGGGUUAAUAUUAUAUUAUAUUAUAUUAUAGACAACAGCAUAGCGUGGCUGCAGCAGCAGUAUAACUGGAAGGGUUAAUAUUAUAUUAUAUUAUAUUAUAGACAACAGCAUAGCGUGGCUGCAGCAGCAGUAUAACUGGAAGGGUUAAUAUUAUAUUAUAUUAUAGACAACAGCAUAGCGUGGCUGCAGCAGCAGUAUAACUGGAAGGGUUAAUAUUAUAUUAUAUUAUAUUAUAGACAACAGCAUAGCGUGGCUGCAGCAGCAGUAUAACUGGAAGGGUUAAUAUUAUAUUAUAUUAUAUUAUAGACAACAGCAUAGCGUGGCUGCAGCAGCAGUAUAACUGGAAGGGUUAAUAUUAUAUUAUAUUAUAGACAACAGCAUAGCGUGGCUGCAGCAGCAGUAUAACUGGAAGGGUUAAUAUUAUAUUAUAUUAUAUUAUAGACAGCAGCAUAGCGUGGCUGCAGCAGCAGUAUAACUGGAAGGGUUAAUAUUAUAUUAUAUUAUAUUAUAGACAACAGCAUAGCGUGGCUGCAGCAGCAGUAUAACUGGAAGGGUGGUCCAGCGCUGGAGGUCACUCUGGCCGAAGUACAGGAGGAUCUGAAAACACGCCCCUUGCAGAUCCUCACCCUGGAGGAGGUGGAGCUUACCAACGGGUCUGCCAAUGGCUACGCGGAAACAUUUUCUGAAUCCGGUAAGAAUCAGGAGGAGGAGGACGUUGCCUCUAACCACAGAUCAACGUUGCACUGUUACUUCAGUUAGACGUUGCUUGAUCCUGUGUUGUGUUGGAUCGGUCUUCCAGGUCAGAUCCAGAGGUUGGAGCCGGUGACCGUCCCAGGAAUCCUCUCACUGGUCCUCAACAUCAUGUGUUCUUCUCUGAACCUCAUCAGGGGCGUUCACCUCAUAGAGCACACCUUCCAGGUAGACUAUUCUGUUAACCAUAUAGAAGACACCUUCCAGGUAGACUAUUCUGUUAACCAUAUAGAAGACACCUUCCAGGUAGACUAUUCUGUUAACCAUAUAGAAGACACCUUCCAGGUAGACUAUUCUAUUUAGCCAGGUCCAAUUUAUCUUGGCUGAUAAUGUCUUAUAUUCUGCUCAUAAAGAUCUACUGAAUUCAGGAGCCAACACUGUUCUGAUGUCCUUUUCUUUGCUACAGGAUGAUUAUGAAGGAAUCUGGAACGUGGUGGCGUUUCUGCUGGCGUUCCUGUGCUGUGUUGGUCAGUGUCACCUAUACCUGUUCCACUCUUCUCUGAAGAGGGUCAAGUGCCUGGUACUGCUGAGUGUGGUUGUGGUAUCUAACUGCUUCCUGUUUGGGCUGAGGAAUGUCUGGCAGCUGCUGUUCCACCUUGCGGUUGCCGUCCUCGUCACCCUCCUCACCCUCAACAGGAAACUACAGGACAGAACCAGUGACUGCGGGGUGUGAGGGAGGGGGGGCCAUUUAGUGCGUGGCGCAACUACUGUAGGCAAAGUCCAGGCCAGUAGGGGAGGAAGAGGAUCCAACCGACCCAGAUAGAGGUCUUCUAUCAUGUCCGGUGGGACCUGUUUUAAUGAGAGAAAAUAUCAUUGUUUUGUUUGUAUAAGGAUCAUUUAUGUUGAUUUAUUUCCAUGUUUAGUUGCCGUAGCGUCCCAGGCAGGUUGGAGGAAUAGAGGAGGUCCUAACUAGAGGGG